UGUUUUCUCCAGCGGAGGGCACUCAGUGUAUCACAAACUCAAGCAUUAGCACCAACAAGCUCUGAGCAUCAUCAGUCUCUGGAAAGCCUUCUGAAUUAGACAAGGGCUGCCUCUCAGCACAGCUACAAAACACUUUAAACCUGACCAGCUAAAUGGAUAAACCUAGCCUGCAUAGCUUUUAAACUGGGGUCUCAUACAGCACAGGAGGCCUACUUGCUUCAAGAACUGAAAAUCCAGAGGAUGAAUUGCUUUAUCUGGGAAUGGCAAAAGCCAGCACAAUAAGGAAUGCCAGGUAUUCUGAAGAUUUUCUUUUCUUUUCUUUCUUUUUCUUUUUCUUUUUUUUUUUACCUCUCUUUUUACAGAGAAGUUGGUUACCUUCGAAAUGGGCUGUAGCUUUUUUGCACAGAUUGCCAAUUACUGCUGAUGGGUCUCUGGUGAAUUACACAAUGGUCCUCAGAGCUUAGAGGCCCUCCCCCUCCCCCCCAACGGCUUCCUUCUCCCUGCCCCCCACCAUCCCACCCCAUGCUGAUUUUUUUUUUCAUAUAUGUAUAUAUAUUUUUUGCCUGUCCUCUCCGGGGAAGUUUGUAUGGGGCUGCUAGCUCACAUGCGGGAUCAGAAUGGUGUGAAUGACAGCCGCACUGUGUCAUGAAGGUGGUGGUGGUUUCAGCAAGAGAGACCAAAUAAGAAGAAAGCUGAGAGAGGGGGGAUCCGUUUUUGGAUGACAAAGGAUGGGUUUCCGUUUAAUUACGCAGCUGAGAGGCAUGCGUGUGGUGCUAGUGCUACUUCCUACACUGCUGCUUGUUAUGCUCACAGGGGCUCAGAGAGCUUGCCCAAAGAACUGCAGAUGUGAUGGCAAAAUUGUAUACUGUGAGUCUCAUGCUUUCGCAGAUAUCCCUGAGAACAUUUCUGGAGGGUCACAAGGCUUAUCAUUAAGGUUCAACAGCAUUCAGAAACUCAAAUCCAAUCAGUUUGCCGGCCUUAACCAGCUUAUAUGGCUUUAUCUUGACCAUAAUUACAUUAGCUCAGUGGAUGAAGAUGCAUUUCAAGGGAUCCGUAGACUGAAAGAAUUAAUUCUAAGCUCCAACAAAAUUACCUAUCUGCACAAUAAAACAUUUCACCCAGUUCCCAAUCUCCGCAAUCUGGAUCUUUCCUACAAUAAACUUCAGACAUUGCAAUCGGAACAAUUUAAAGGUCUUCGUAAACUCAUCAUUUUGCACUUGAGAUCUAACUCAUUAAAGACUGUGCCGAUAAGAGUUUUUCAAGACUGUCGAAAUCUUGACUUUCUGGAUUUGGGUUACAAUCGUCUUCGAAGCUUGUCCCGAAAUGCUUUUGCUGGCCUCUUGAAGUUGAAGGAGCUCCACUUGGAGCACAAUCAGUUUUCCAAGAUCAAUUUUGCUCAUUUUCCACGUCUCUUCAAUCUCCGCUCAAUUUACUUACAGUGGAACAGGAUUCGCUCCAUUAGCCAAGGCUUGACAUGGACUUGGAGUUCCUUACACAACUUGGAUUUAUCAGGGAAUGACAUCCAAGGAAUUGAGCCGGGCACAUUUAAAUGUCUACCCAAUUUGCAAAAAUUGAAUUUGGAUUCCAACAAGCUUACCAACAUCUCACAGGAAACUGUCAAUGCAUGGAUAUCAUUAAUAUCCAUCACUUUGUCUGGAAAUAUGUGGGAAUGCAGUAGGAGCAUAUGUCCUCUGUUUUAUUGGCUUAAGAAUUUCAAAGGAAAUAAGGAAAGCACCAUGAUAUGUGCAGGACCUAAGCAUAUCCAAGGUGAAAAAGUUAGUGAUGCAGUGGAAACAUAUAAUAUCUGCUCUGAAGUUCAGGUGGUCAACACAGAAAAGUCACACCUGGUACCCCAAACGCCCCAGAAGCCUCUGAUUAUCCCUAAACCUACGUUCUCCAAAUCUGACCCUACCCAGCCCACCCUUGAAACACCAAGCCCUUCCCCAGGGUUUCAGAUUCCUGGCACAGAGCAAGAGUAUGAGCAUGUUUCAUUUCACAAAAUUAUUGCAGGGAGUGUGGCUCUGUUCCUCUCAGUGGCCAUGAUCCUCUUGGUGAUCUAUGUGUCUUGGAAACGCUACCCAGCCAGUAUGAAACAACUUCAGCAACACUCUCUUAUGAAGAGGCGGCGGAAAAAGACCAGAGAGUCUGAAAGACAAAUGAAUUCCCCUUUACAGGAGUAUUAUGUGGACUACAAGCCUACAAACUCUGAGACCAUGGAUAUAUCCGUUAAUGGAUCUGGGCCCUGCACAUAUACCAUCUCUGGCUCCAGGGAAUGCGAGGUAUGAACCAUGAUCCUCCUAAAAGCAUUUCUACUUCGGGGAAGGAGAGGUAAAUGUUUGAAGCUCUAGAGAUGUCUCUAAUCACUAGAAAGAUUAAUGACCCUUUUGCUUUUGGGUUUUUGCUCAGUGUGAAAGGUUACUUAAUUAAAUUACAACCACCAGGAAAUUGACUGUUUUUGUUUUUGUUUUUGUUUUUAAUGGUUGAAACUUGAAAGAAGCUCAUUCAAGGAUGAGAUUAAGUUGGAAUAAAGUACUAUGUUAAAACAUCUGUUUUUUAACAGUUUGUAUACAGGGGUUGGACUUACAAACACACAUAUACACAAAACUCUUUUCAUUCUAAAAUUAAUGUCUGGUUCUUGUUGUUUGACUUCUGUAAUGGAGUAAAGAAGGAGGGACCAGCUUAAUUUAAAAACAAAAUGAUUUUACCAAAAUUCCAGGAGGUAAUGAAGAUUUAAACCAAAGAGCAAUUUACCCAAGGGUUGAUUUUGUUGUAAAUUUUUAGUUAUAAUUAAAGCAUGCAACAGGGAUCUCACAAGGAUAACUGUUUCUGUGUUACUUGCCAUUUAGUUAUUAUACCAGCAUAGAGAAUGUCAGAGGCCUACUGUGUAACUGUAUUAGGCUUUUAAAGAUGUCUUUCUUCCUUCUUUCCUUCCUUCCUUCCUUCUUCCAUUGGUUCCUUCCUUCCAUUUUUUUUUUUUUUUUUUAAUUACUGGACAUAGAUCACUUUUCAUAGGUUUUCUUAAGUGCUAGCUAUUUGUAUGUAAUCAGAAUAAUACUUAAAUUCCAUGUUUUGGCUAUGUCCCUGGCAACUAAAAUCAGGUCAUGAUAUUGUGGAUGAUUUAGCAAUAACGUAAUGACAGGCAUAACAGGGACUGUUUGUCAAUGUUGCUGUCAUCCCCGAAAGAAAUAAUGUGUAUUCUUGUUAAACUUAUCCAAAACUAAGUGAUGCAAAUAUUUAUAAAUAAAGAGAGAGAGAUUUGAAUUCUGGAUAUCCUCCCUUUCUGUAACAUUAGCUUGAAAUGAAGGCCUUCCAUGUUACAUUAUUCUCAUUUUCAUGAGAAUGUAUUUGGAUCCAGUUUCUAAUUAUUUAAUUUUAAAGAUCACUUAGAGUAUCAUGCUUAGGAGUAGAAAAUAGCCACAGAUUUCCAAACUGUUGAUAAGUAGUACUGGAUGCAAAUUGUUCUUUGUGUGGUAAAGUUGAUCAAAAAGUACAAAGACGUGACUGCCAAGGCCUUGUUGCUGGAAUAAAGUAAUAGAAAGAGAAAGUUCUGGCAGUAUGUUGUCUCAAUAUAUGAUUUUAGAGGAUUAGUUUUUCAAAGGAAAGUUUUCAUGAAUGUUGAAUGAGUAUUUUUCCUUUUAUUACUAGUUAUAGUAGUUGGAAAAAAUAAUUUGCUCUUUGAUAAUAUAUACCCAGUUUUUCUAUAGUCCUAAAGGCAGAUGCUAAUGAAAAUGUUUUCAGACAAGGCACUGAGUUUGAAAUAUUCUCAAACCUAGUAGAAUUUGGAAUACUGAACUAUUCUUUACAGAGUUCAUUUUCUCCUUUCUGUGUAUAACUGAAAAAUAAGAAAAGUAAUCCCAAAUAAUUAAUCCCUAAAAGAAACCUGUAUGAGCAUUUGAUCUUAAAAAUUAAAGAGAAUAAAAGAUUUUAUAUGAAAGUCUUAACAAGUCUUGAUGCUUUUAUUACAGGUUGAUAUUUAUAUACUAUACAUGAAUAUUAGUAAAACAAGUUCAUCUUGUUUUAUUCUAGGUUCUCUUUAUAUUUUGAGAUCCUUUUAAAGGCUAAUAAUAGAAAAAGAAAAUCCAGGUCCAUUCAUUUUCUCUUGACUUUUAUAGUAGAAAAGUGAUUUUUAUUUAGAAUAAUCACCAAGAAAGAAUAAAGAUUCUUAAAGAACUAGGACUUGAGUAUAGUGAUUCUAAAACUUACAGAGAUCUUCAGUUCCAGGGAUUAUUCUUUCAAAUACCCUAGGCUUUACCAUGAUAGGAACAAAAUAAAAGCGUGCUUUAUUCCAUAAAAGCGUGUUUCAAAACACAUGUUGAGACUAUAUAUGUUUUAUGGAGGGAAGUUUAUAUUCAUGGAAUUGUAGUGGCAUUGUUGGAGUUGAAUGUGGUGUUAGGAUAUUAAAUAAUGAAGAAUUUAAUUAAAUAUUGUAAUUAAGAGAAUUGAAAUGGCAGCCUUGCUAAAGUAGAUCAAACUCUCCAUGCCCUAAAAAGUGAAAAAUGACAGGCUAUCCAUUUAAGACCAUUAAGUCAAGGGGUCCAGUGAAGCUAGAUUUGAAUGAUGUUAACUUGUUUUGAAAUACAAACAUGUAAGAACAUUGCAGCAACUGCCCCCCUUUUUUGACAGGAUGUUCAAUCUAUUAUAGUUACGGGUGAACAAAGAAAUGAGAAAAAGCAAAUUCUUAGAAACUGUGAUGACAACCAUAACUUCUCCUUAGGUCUUUGUCACCACAGAGUAAAAAUUCUCCUGUUGAGAAAACUUUUCUAUAAAAUGAAGCUGAGAGAGGAGUGAUUUGUCCAAGUUUAUGAUUUUUUUUAAGCCUAUAGAGGUAUGCUGAGUUUUAAUCUGGUGUUUUUAUAAACCUCACAUAUCAAUAGCUUAGAAAAAUAGUCAUUAAUAUAUUUAUAAUAUAAUUUUAUGAGUUAGGGCUUUUUUUUUUUUUUAAAUUCAAAACACCAAACUUUACUCAAUAAAGCCAUAAAUAUUUAACUAGAAAACUUAGCACUAAAUGCUAAUUUUCUAAGAUAGUGCCUUGAAAAAAAACUACAUUAAACUGAAAAUUCCACUUAUACAACAGUUACAUUUAGUUACCAUAAUCUAAAUACAGUUAAAAUAUUUGUUUUGUCUAUUUCAUUGAAGAAGAAAAUAAAAAUAUUAAGACCCCUAAUUAGAAUGGUGCCUGUGAGCUAACACACAAAUAUAACAUUCAAUAAGUGAAUAACUUUGGCUCUAUUCUUUAUAAGUUAUAAUUUUGAAAAUUCCACAUGCACAUUCUAUGCUAAUACUUUGAAGGAGAAUAUUAUAGUACCGUAGGCAGUAAAAAUCUCUUAUAUCUAUAAAAGAAGAACAGAGUAGAUAGUUCUGAAUAAUUAAUAUGAUAUAUGGCACAAUUCUAACAGAUAUUUACAUCUCAAUCAUCAUACCUUGAGUGGAGCAGUGUGCUUGGUUGAACUCAUUUAAUUUGUCUAUCCUCAAUAUGUGCUCAGAAAGAACUUAAAGCCAAAAGGAUACAGCUUUGCCUAAAGCUUAGUAAGUUUUUAUUAAGAGAAAAUAGCAAAAAAUCCCAAAACAAAACAAAAAAGAGAGAGAGAGAGAAUUGCAAUACAUACUUUUGAAAAUAGUUUGUGAAAUUUUGUGUAGCUUUAUCUCGCUAAAAAGUAUUACCAGAAUUAUGAAGUUACUAUAUUCUGCCUACAAAAUUUUACUUUAAACUUACACAGAACAAAUUUUGACUACCUGUUUUUCUAGGAUAUGUUGUAUCAACUGAAAAUAGCAAGGACCUUUAUAAAAUUAGUCAUUGUGAAUAUAGGAGAGGAGAGAAUACUUUCUCUUGCGAAUUAAAAAAAAAAAAAAAAAAGGAACUGGUGAAACCUUAAAAUGAAUAAAUAAAUGAAAGAAUGAAAGUGGUUUCUAAAGAAAUCCUCUACCCAAUGGAUUUUAAAAGUUAACUAAUUGAGAUAUAAAAUUUAGUAAUCCCAUAAUGCUAAUAGGGCUACUACCAUUAGGAAAAUAGGAGUAUAGGUGACAUUUGAUAUUUAUUUCCCAAAUAUUUGAUAUUUUAGUAAACAAUUCUUCAAAAUCAAGUAAAAUAUAUAUGUAAUGGUUGUAAUUGGGCUGAUGUUAUUUCUUUCACUGCUGUGCAAUAGGUGGUAUAGGCCAUUUCUAACACUUUAUAUUUAUUGAAUAUAUUAUGUCAGAUCCUAACUAUUGAUUUAAGAGGGAUUAUUAACUUCUUCUUACACUUUAGAAAUUGGCAUUUUAAAGUAUACUAAAUGAGGGUGCCUGAGUGGCUCAGUCAUUAAGCGUCUGCCUUCAGCUCAGUUCAUGCCUGGGAUUGAGCCCCACAUAGGGCUCCCUGCUCAGUGGGAAGCCUACUUCUCCCUCUCUCACUCCUUGUGCUUGUGUUCCCUCUCUCGCUGUGUCUCUCCCUGUCAGAUAAAUAAAUAAAAAUCUUAAAAAAAUAAAUAAAUAAAGUAUACUAAAUUAAUUUCCAAGAACUAAAAAGUGUAAUGUGUUCAAAGAGGAUUUCUAAGUGAAGUAAGCCCAAUAUCCUUGAGUUUAACUUAUACUUUACCAAUACAAAACUAUAGAAAAUAAACUUCAUUUUGGUGGCUUACUACUGCUGUAUUAUGUCAAAAUGUUAUAACGGAAACUCUGCUUUGUAUAUUCACAUAACGUAUAUUUAUGUGUGUGUAUAUGUGUGUGUUUGUAUGUAUGUAUGUGUAUGUGUUCAUAUACACGGAGAGAGAAAUAUAUUUCCAUUAAAGUUCCUUUCUGUUUUGGACAUUUGAAAUAUUCGUGAAAGAAUCUUGGGUUGUUAUCAGAAUUUGUUCGUCAGGAAACAUACUUCUUAAGAGAAGUAAACCUCUCUAAAAGAGAAGUAAACCUCUCUAAAAUUAGUAGUAUUUCAUAUUUAGAUAGUCUUAAUGUUCUUCUCUUUUUCGAAAAGCAGAAUUUAAGCUACACAUUGUCAUUUUUGGUGUGACUCUGGGCUAGUCACUUCCUUUCUCUGUGAUCCAUCACUAAAUGAGUAUAUGCAACUAGCACAAUAUAUCCCAACUCCAAGCAUCCCUUAGACUAGUAAACUUUGUAAACUCUGCGGUCAUUUUCAGGACAAAAUGGGCAAGAUGGGAUAUGGAGGAAAAGCUGAGUUAUUUAUAUUCAUUGGCAGUGAGAAAGAAAGAACUUGAGUUAAUAAAAAUUGGCAUGCUCAGGUGAGGAACAUUAUAAUUUCUUUAUGCUUGAGGGGAAACUUCAUAAUACACAUGCAUGUGCGCAUAUGCAUAUAUGCUAGCACACACAAACACAUUUAUGUAUCUUUUAAAUUCUGGCAAGUAACUAGUUACUUUGAGAGCAUUUAAAAUAUGACUGAUUUUUUUUUUAAAUCUAUUGUCUGAAUCUGAUUCAAUUAAAAUCUAUUUGUGAAUAGAGCUUUCAUUAGAAUAUGCAAAUGGUAGUGGUGAAGAGUGACAGUUUCCAAGAAAGCCUGACAUAGUUAAUUUAGGAAAGAUCUUAAAUUGAUGGUAAGGGCUUCAAUUACUUUUUUUAGAAUAAGUUUACAUUAGCAUGUCAUGGACAAAAUUUUACUAAGAUUCCAAAUUGAAAAGUCUGACUACAUUAUGGUCUUAGGAAUGUACAGCUUUUGACACACCCCAGUGAUCUUCAUGUAGUUUCAGAAUUUUUCUUCUUGAGACUUGUCUGUAUUCAAUAAAAUCUACUCAUCCUAGUCUCAGGAAUUACAUUUAUAGAUAGCUUUAUGCAUUGGAAGUUGCUCGGUAAUAUUAGCAUUGGGGACUUGGUGACGCAUCAGAAUUUUCAUGUCUCUAGAGAUUCAUGAAUCACUAAAUCAAAGUGAAACACUGGCAACCUGUGUAUCAUCAGACAGUGGGAGUUUUGAAAUAUUAGUAUGACUUUGGAUCAGUGAAAAGCAUGAAAGUAAUGUUAAAUAUGUUUUAAAAUUAAAAUUGCUUUUUAUAGUACCAAGAGAAGUAUCAUUUAUCAGGUCAAUUUAAUAAAAUCUUAAUAUUGUUAAAAUGAAAGAGAAAUUAUGAUGGUGUUUUUCUUAGGCGCUCCAUAAGCCAUUAAAAAUUUAGCUGUAAAUUAAAGAAAGUUGAGAAAAACCACACUACUUCCUUUGGUAUCAAAAUCACUAGAUUUUUUAUAAACUGCUUUAAUAAAACUCCUCAAUAUAAACUCCUCAAUAUAUGCAAGCACUAUGGUUCAUACUCCUGCUAAAUAGUUAAAAAAAUAAUGCUUUCACUGUCAAGAGAAAUUAAGUCUUAAGCAAAUGAGGAUGUGGAUAAAUUAUUUUUUAAGGGUAAGAGGUUAGACUUUAAGUCAAAUCUUAUAAUACUUGUAAACCUAAGGUUUGGGAGUGAAAGGACCGUAAAACUAAUAUGCACUAACGAAUGGUUAAAGUAAUGGUAAGAAAAUUUUUUAUAAAAUCAGAAAAAAAAAUCUUGUCCAAAAAUUAAGUUUGGCUAAAAGGAACACAUUGAACAAUAACUGAUGCCUGACUAGAUAAGUAGUAAACACAUGCAUAACUAAAUAAGAUUAUGGUAUUUAGCAUUUUUUGUACAGGCUAAUGAGAUCUCUAUAUUUUAAUAUAUAAAUGAUUUUAUUAAAUAUAUACAAAAGUAACUUUGAAAUACAAUUGCAAUUAAGCAACCAUGUGCAAUUAAAGACCCAUAUAUCCCACAUAAAUAUUUCUAAAAUGCUAAGAUGUAUAUUGUAUACAGAUAUUAAAGUAAUAUAAAUUAUACUUUUCAGUAGACACUACUUGUCCAAUUCACAUGUAUUACCUCAAAAGAAAAUAUUUUGGGGAGACAUUAAAACCAUUUAGACAUCAUAAUUUUGUUUCUUCUGUCAUUUAUCAUGAUUGUUUUCUGAAUUUUUGGAUGUCCAUAUCACCAUCUCUUGGAAAGUUCUAUUCUCUCCUUUACUUUAGUCUUUUAAAUAUUUACUGAAUUCUCAGACCUCAGAAGGGUAAAGAUAUAUAUAAUCAUUAAACCUAGCAAGAAGAGUCAUCUUUUUCUUUUUUUUUUUAAUGUAAAUUCUUCUAGUAGAAGAAUGUUACAUUACACAUUUUUGUCACAUUGAUUUUAAAAGAAAAAAUUAAAGAAAAUAGCUAUAAUAUUAAAACAAAAAUUUCCUGUGUAAAUGUAUAAUUGUCAUUUUUACUUAAUAUUUCAAUGGUUGAAAUCUUCAGAUCCCAUUGAGCCUAAAAACUAAAAAAAUAAUUUUUUUGCAGUAUACUUAAAUAUUCAAAGCAAACAAGCUAAAGUGAAUAUAGAUGAUUUGUUUAAGAAAACUGACUCUUUUUUAGGACCUCAUAAGCAAAUAUAUACUUCCAAAUAGGAAUGUGUAGGGUUAUGAACUGAUUUCACUUUUGGGUCAUUUUCAAGGUUAGUGCAAAAUUAUAUAGACAUUAAUUUUGGAGUAGCAAAUUAUGAGACAAAGAGGAAAAAUACCUGAAGUUAUUUUAUUUUAGAAAGACAGUUCUAUUUAAUUCAUAUUCAUGGUAUAUUUUCAUAUUAAAGGUUAACAAUUUUGUUUCACUGUCUUCUUUUAAGAUUAAGUAUUAUCAGAUAAAGCACUGAAAUUUCACUGAUUUUUAAAAGCAAACAAGAAACAGUCUGAGUUUAAAUUCUGAGUUUAAAUUGCUUGUUUUUAAUUCUUCCCUCCUCUCUCAGGUCACAUUUACUGAAGCAUUGGUUUUUUCAUUUUUUCCUAGUGAUCUAAUUAUUUGCAAGGGUUGGAAUUAUUAAAAGUUGAUUUCUUGUUUCUUUUAAGUAACUCCUAUUAAAUGUGCUUAUGUUCAAACGAAGCCCUGAAAAUAUUGCCUGUUUCUUUCAGCAUAAAUUUAAUUAUUAUGCAUUUCAUUAUGAAGGUUUUGAUAUUUAUAAUUUUAAAUUGACACCAGCAUUGUUAAAUAUUUCUAAUAAGACUUAAAAAAGGAAUAUAAAUAUAAAUUAAUUGUGUCUGAGUCUUUUUUAGUAUAAUCUCCACAGAUGAAAAAUUGUUAUUUUCUUCUGUGUUUAUAGGUCUGUAAAAGUAAUAGCAGAGAGGUCAGCCUUAAAGUACUUUAGGUUGAUGGUCAAACCAUAGUAUGGACCAAAAUUGCAUUGGUCCAGUGGUUAGAUCAAGGGGUAAAAAGAAGGUCUAAGAUAUUUGAAACUGACUCACUUUACUUCUGUAAUAUUGGACAAGUAAAUAUGUAUCUGACCUUUCUUUGAUAAAAUUUUUCCAUCUAUUGAACUGGGAUAAUAACUUUCCAACUAACUUGUUGAAAUGAUUAAUGAGCUACUAUUUGAAAACCACUCUGAACUCCUUCAUAAAAAGCUUCAGUGUAAAUAUAAAUGAUUAUUAGCUAUAAGCCCUACUGUCUACUGAAAAAUGCAAAAUACAUUGUGGCUGUAUUAUUUUCAUUGUUAUUAUUAGUUAUAAUGAUGGUUAUAAUACUCCCUGAUGUAGAAACAAGUGUUGUGGUUACAUUUUUACUAAAGUGAAUAAUAAACCUGACCUUUCAGUCCCUUGUCUGAGCUGUAAUUUAGUUUGGGUACCAGACACACUAAUAUAUAAAUAAUACCUCAGGAUUGUAAAGUACUCCCUUGGCUGAACAUUUUAUUCACAUUUCAAAGAAGGUAGCAUUUACAGUUCUUUUAUUAAUAUUAGCUCUAAGGAAGAAAUGGGUUAUAGAAACAACUUAUAAAUUUCCAUUCUGAUCAAGUAUUGCCCUUCAGUUCAUUUUCUUAACCAGUGGAGGCAGCUUUAGUUUUCCCCAAAGUGUUUAUGCAUAACAAGAAGUUAAUAUGUAUUUUUAAGAAGACCUGAAAUUUCUCUAGCAAAAAUACAUAAUAUUUAAUGAUUUGAUGUAUAUAAAUGUGUAUCUUGGUUUAAUAUAAUAUGGGCUCUUGUUUUUGCAUAAAUAAUUAUAUAAUUCCUAUUUUUGUCCCCAUACUUGUAAUAUAUUUUAAUGUGAAAUACAUUUCUUUUGAAGUUUCCCCAUGGAAUAACACCUCCUGUGAUACCAUUGUGUGCUGUGAAACAGAGGACACCAUUAUUGCAUGUCCUUAACAAAAACAAAUGCCCCACAGACAAAAGACAAAAUCUUAUCUUCUCUGGAGAAAACAGCAUGUUAUUUUCAUGGUGAUUGGAAAUGCAGAAUUAUUCCAAAAUGAGGAUUCUUCCAGUCAUUGAAUAUGUCUAUUCCAGUUAUGUAUUCUGGAAGUAGGGACAUAACGAUAGGAUACGUCCCUAGGAACGAUAGGAACCCACUGGACCCACUAGACCCACUGUGAAACAGAUCUGAGCUAAAACUCCAUCAAUCACCAUGAGCCCCUAAUCUAACUCUGAGACCACAGUGAUGUUUUGGAUCUACAGGAAUUAGUGUCACUUCCAAGUCAAGUUCCAGUAAGCCCCCAAAACUGAUUACACCACUUUGCCCAGUGCAUGGUCACUUUGUUAAAUAGCUGUUUCUCUCUUUGGGAAAGGCUAGGAGAGAGAUUUCGAGUAUACAUUUUGACAGUGUAGCUUUGUCUUUCUUUCCUCAAGGGGAUCUGACCUUUCAUUUAAAUGUUUCUGGAUCUGCAAACUGUCUCAAGUCUGGGAAUUGAUUAUGGGGCCAUGGCACUGUUCUUGUGAUUCAGGUUAUACUUCUGUUCACUUGACCUAGAUCUGACCUACUUAUACUGAUCAAGUAGGAAUUGGUACUCAAGUACUUUUUUCCUAGGGACACCAUGAUCAAGUAGACAACACCACGGGUCCUUUGAGUCCAAUUAUUUGAUUACUACUUUGACUUUACUGUCUCUUAUGGUAUCUAUGCCUAUCUUGUCUUUGGCAAUUAAGUGCUGACACUAGGCCAUUCCAGUGGGGGAUCUCAUUUUUCCUCUUGAAGUAGGAAUGGCAGUUCAGUGGUAGCUAUUUCCACUGUGAUUUCUGACCUGCAACAAAGAGUGACCACAGAGUCAUUAGCCCUGAACUUACUAUGCUCAACCUCUUUCCCUUCCCCAGUUGCCAGAUAGUCAAUCCAUUUCAUACUCUUGCGAUAUGGUCUACAGAACUCU